AUGAUUCAAGAUUUAACCAAUAGUCUUAAAAAUAUAAGUCUUAAUUUGGUCCAACAAAAUAACCAAAAGAAAGCUUAUACUGUUGAAAGUGAUUAUAAUCUAACCAAUCAGAAUCAAGAAAGAAAUAGAAAAGAAGAUCCAAAUCAAGAUCUUGAAAUUAUAAAAAAAAUCUAUCUAGAAGUCAAGAAAAGUAUCAAAGAAAUACUUGAGAUUAUAAUUGAUAUGAUAGAAGCAGAUCUAAAGAUUAUAAUUAAUAUGAUAGAAACAGAUCUAGAAGUUAAAACUACCUCUACCAAUUAUUGGGAUACUCUUUUAAAUAAUACUAGUAUUAGAGGAGCUUUAACAAAUUAUUUGCAAGAUAACUCCAAUAUUUAUCAAACAACUAUUCGUAAUAAAUUAUUUAUAGCUAUUAUUGAUAAUAGAGCUGCUAUUAGUAUAAUUAUCCAACAAGCUGCCAAAAAAAUUGGAUUGGAAAUAGAUACUUCUUCUAAUAGUUUAAUUUCAUUUGUACUUGGAAAACAAGUUAGACCUCUAAGUGUUAUUAAGGAUAUUUCUGUAAUAAUUGCAAGAAUUACUAUUUCUAUUUCUAUAAAAGUUGUACCAGCAACUACUUAUUCCCUUAUUUUGGAAAAUGAUUGUCAUCAUAUCAUUGUACUUACCACUUAUGAGCAUAACCAGGUUGUAGAAGGACAACUUAUAGUUAGUAAAGUAGAUGAUAACUGGGAAGAAGAAUAUGAAGAUGAGGAAUUAAUCUCUCAUGAAGCCUAUACCUUAGAAGCAGAAUCUAAUAAUAUUAAAGAUUCAGGAUAG